AAAUAUAUCGCUCGUCAUUUGCCGAAUGCUUUAGUGAUGGGGGCGUUUGUGUUAUUCUUAUUUUUUAUUUAUAUCAAUGAAAAUAUUGCAAAAAUACCAAACGAACAGACGUUACCAUUAAAUGUUAAAUCGAAAGUGUCACCUGAUCCAUAUAAUAUCCCAAUACGAAGAUAUAAGGAAGAAUAUUUCGACCCAUUUCUGCAAGAUAUUUACUCUGAAACAACACAACACAAGAAGGAAUUUCUCAAUGCUCCUUCCUAUAGAUUCUGUAAGGAUGACGACAUUUUGAAAUCAGAAAGAUUAUACUUCAAAGUUCCUCUGCAAUCUAAUAUAUCUAAUGAAUAUAGAACAUUAAUAAGAAAUCCUGAAAUUUCGCCAGAAAAUCAUUGUCUUCAGUCCAAAAUAAAUUACAAUGAUUUUUCUCCUCACGAUGAAUACCCCAGUAAAGAAAUGAAAAAGCCUAAAUGGAAUAAUCGAGAAGAAGUUUUAAAAAGAAGAACAAAGGAAGACCUUGAAGAUUUUUCUCAUCUCAAGGAUGUAGCAAAAAUACAACGUAAUCCCGAAAAUUUUUAUGGUAAAAAUAAUUAUACCUCCGAUUAUUAUGUAAGAUUGGAUAAUCCUAAAUCUAAUGAAGAUAUAAUUUCUAACCCUGAAUACGAUGCUCGUAUAAAGUUACAUGACAAUCCUUUUAUGCAAAUUCCUUUAAAAUCUGAAUAUAGUUUGGAUAAUGCUUUCAUACCACACAUUUCUCCAAUAGUAGAGUGUAGGGGAGUCAAUAGAAAGUAUAAUGAGUUUUCAGAAACUCCUUCUUAUAGUAGGCACCUUCACCAGAAACCAGGCGCUAAUUUAGUUGGACAUUAUAGAGCACCCAAUGAAAAUGACGAGUUUAAAGAUCAAACUCAUUUAAAGCAUUCGCUUACGUCUUCAGCAAGUGCCGUAGAAAAUAGACUACUUACCUCUCACAUAACAAAAACAUUUGAAAAAGUAAAAGGAGACGAUGAAAAUAUUCCUGAUAGCCCUCUAAAUGAUAUUCCUUUUUGGAAAUCUCCAUCAAAUAAAAAAUAUAGAACAAGGUUAAAUUUAUAUACUGAUCAUCAUACUAAAGAUGUACAAAAUAUUAUCGAACAGUCUAAUACUACAUUGGCUUCUUCGAGGUUACCGCAGCAAAUAACAAGUCAGCAAAUUUACAAGACAAAACCUUUUGAAUCUAAAAUCAGUUCAAAAAACAGUAGUUCUUUUUCGACUAGUCCAGGGGUAACAGAGAUGUCUCUGAGUGGUAAAUCUCAUAACAGGCUCAAUGAAAUUCCUAGUGCUUUCGUUAAUCAGAUGUCCACCGAAAGAAGCCACGAAAAUAGUUUUAGUAACAGAAAGAUGGAAGAAAUGAACCUUGCAAACUUUUUAAGACGACAAAUACAGACCACGGCAAACCAGACUAUUCCCUCUCAUUAUGACAUGGCAAAACAUUCAAAAUCAAUCGAAGCAACAGAAGAAGCACCACAACAUUAUGAUACGUGGUACAGAUCGCCUGCAUUUAAUGUUAACUCUAAACUCAUUAACGAUAGUAUUAAGCCAAUCAACGUAAAUAAUCACAAUGGAAGUAAUACACAAACGAAACACGAUAUGGUAAAUUUAAAAUCAGUACCUCUGAAUAACAGUUUUGACAUAAGAAAAUAUACAUCAGAUCGUAUUAAUGCGUUCUACUAUCCAAGCAACAUUAAAUCUUCCCUUUCAUAUAACGAAAAUAAGAACAAUGUUAAUAUUGAUUAUAUACAAUCCAACGCUGAAGGAGUUUUCAUCCAACCAAAUUUAGAAAAAGACAAGUCAUUUGUAAAAAGUGAAAUAAAAACCAUCGUACCGGAAAGCAUUGGAAGCUCAAUAAAUCAAAUACCACGUUGUUAUCACGGAAGAAAUAAUUUGACAUUAAGUCAAGGUGGUGAUACUAUGAACCAAAAUAUAAGUGGAUUGUUAUAUAAAAUACCUGAAGUGAACCCAUUGGUAAAUGAACCAAUUAUUAUACAAAAUAAUUCGAUUUCGAAAAAAGAUCGAAGCAAUUCUAUUAAAUGUUAUACGCUUCCAACACCUGCGUCUCUGCCAUCUCCUAUAAAUUAUAAUAAUCAAGAUUACAGAAGAAUAAAUAGCUCUCCAAUACAUGUACAACCAUUUACUACUAAAGUUUAUCCUCAAGAAAUUACCAUUAAAUCAACACAUAAUACACCAGUAGUUUCUGCUGCGCCUUAUACAGUACAAGUUCCAAACAACUCAUUCUAUGAAAUCAAUAAACCUAAAGUUACACUUCUUAAUCCCACAAAUGCUCCGAAUCUAGCUUAUAAAAACCCCACAGUAUUCUAUAUUCCUAGCACCACAUAUAAACAAACUGGAGCAGCUAUCAACGCACCAAAAGUACAACUACUAAGUCAAAAUGACACAAAAUUAAAUCCGAUAAAAUCAACAAGUUCUUAUGUCAAUGUUUUAGCAAACACUGGGAACCAGGUACAUCAGACUGUAAAUAAAUAUAACUCACUCUUAAGCGCUUCCUUAAACAAUAUAACUUCAGUUAUUGUUUCUAAUAUUCUAUCAAGUUUCAAUAAAGAUAUUUCUAAAACGUUAAAGAAACCAUUACCCAAAGGUUCAAACGUUCCAAUAUCAUGUGAAAUACCAACUUUUGAAGUGACACAUCCUUGUAUUGAAUCGCCGAGGUAUUUGCCAGAGACGCCAAUAAAAAUAAGAAAUGAUAAUUCUACAAGCACUACUACCACUAAAUCUUCUAAACCAUGUGUAUCUACGAUAACAAUUAAUGUUUUACCACCUGUACAGCAAAAGUCUAAUGAUAUUAUUAUACUUGUAUAA